ACUGAGUUGAGGUGUGGGUGGGAAAAAUACCGAGUGGAGGACGAGGUUCCUGGAGGAUGGCUAAAGUCCGUCCAGCCCCGCUUACUCACCGUGGCAGCGGCGACACUUCAGUCUAAGCUCCGCAGGGAUCGAAAGCCCAGGGCCAGGGCUGCCCCGCUCUGGGUGAGGGGCGCCGGGGGGGCCGAGGGGGCCGGAGGCCGGGACGAGUGCAAUAUUGGUAGGGCAAAGAACAACACUGCACCGCGUCCCGUCCCUCCCGCCCGCCCGGGGCCCCGGAAUCCCGCUCCCUACCACCUGGGCCUUUGGAGCCCAGGAACUGGGGGCGCUCUGGGGAGCUGGGGUCACCUUAGAGGUACACCAGAGCCUGGGCGCGCCCGGGAGGGUGAAGAGAGAAGGGGAGCCCCCGUGCCCGGGGAAGGCCACUUUCCGACGCCGAAGCAGUGCGCGCGCUUGCUCUUUAAAUACUCAGACUGAGAGGCGCGGAGCUAUUACCAUGGUGACCCGUGUCCCAGCAACCGAACUGAAUGGCGGUUGCCUAGCAAUCCCAGGAGUUGGGGUUUGGUGCCGCCCACCUAAAUACUUGUGGGCAGGCUGACGCAGGGCGUCCCCACUCCGCCCGGAGCCGGCCCCACUAAGUCGUUCAGAGGCGCGACACACGGCGGGAGCGUGGGUUCCACGCCUCCCUCCAUGCACCUCUGAAAUGUUUCUAAAGUAUUAGCUUCCGGUUUGCAUUCGUUGGGACUAAGAACUAUUUGUCCACUAUAGUUGUAACUGCUCCUGCGGGUUGACUCUGCAACCUACACCUGCAGGAUCUGGCCUGGUACCCUCACCUCAGUCCGAAUGCCGCUGUGAACUCAAAGCCCUCCCGGUCCCCAGCAGUUUCUGCCCUUCAGAAUAUCUCUCGGUUCUCCUUAAAUAUACACACAUGGGUUUGCCCUGCACCACGUGCCUGUCCGCCCCAAAUAUCGUUCCUCUCCCAAAUACAGCUCUGUGCUCCCAAUAGUCGCCCCAACCUACUCUCUGCCUCCUAAAUACCUAGCUGACUGUACAUAACCUGUCAUCCCCCUCCCUCGACAUUCCGAUGUCCUCACACAAUUUAAUGCCCCCUUCCACGAACCUUGGGGCCCCGCCCACUUAGCAUUAUUCACCCCCCCCCCCCAGACACCAUCCCCAGAAGUCUGAGUAACCCAAGUACUACUGAUCCUUGCUCCUCCACCGCACUGUGCAUUCCUUCCUAUCUGUCCUAGGCAUUGAUUCCUUUCGUCAAGGCCCAACCAACUUCCUAAGAUCUCAGUCUCAACUUGGACUGUGCGAUCGAACCUCCCCGCAGGGUCUCAACUCCUCGGCCACUGGGCCGUGUGGGUCGGCCGCGCGACGCCCCCGGUGACCACUAGAGGGCAGGCGUUCCUGGCCAGAAGGACCGGCCAGCCUGCCACUCAAAGUGGAAAGUGGGGUAGAAGGACCUUAGGCUUCGGUAGAGCCCAAGUUUCGUCCUUUUUAAGUGGAAAUUUCCCCCACCGCCUUUCUCGGGAGCAAGCCAAAGAGGGACCCAGGCUACUGGAAAGUCUGGCAGGGGCGGAGACUGUGGUUUUCAGAGUACAGGGAGCGGUUAGAAGGGUGGGGCUAUUCCGGGAAGUGGGGGCGGGGGAGCCUCCAACUAGUGACCUGUCCACUAUUAUCCAGCCCCCUUGUGUCCUCUCAACCUAUGGAAAGCGGUUUCAAGGACCUUCAGAGAGAAUAGGGAAAGGGACUGGGGCAUCUAGGGAUGGGCUUUCCUGAGCUCGCUGUCCAGGGCCUUUCUGCGCUCCACUUCCUCGCCUUGGCUGUUGCUCUGGGGCUAAAACCAGAGCCAGGGGGGCCCCAGGUUUCCUUCACGUACACGCCUGGGGAAGUCAAGGAGUGGUUGGUGAAAGGGGGAGGCCAGUUGGAGAAUAAACAGGUUGUCAUAAGGUUGAGUGACUGGAGCCCAAGGUCCCUACCCAGGAAUGGCUGGGGAGGAGGAGGAAAAGCUAGGGGAGGGGGCGGGGUUUUGCUACCUGUCACCUGCUCUAGCUGUGCCUAGGGCGGGAGGGGUACUGGUAUAAAGCAGCAGGCACCAGCGCUCCACGCGCACACGCAGCACCCGAGUCCGUUUCUGCCCCUUUCCCGCCCGUUCACUGCCACCAUGACUCCAGGCAUCCGGGCUCCUUUCUUCCUGAUGCUGCUUCUAGCAAUUGUACCAGAUAAACACAGAGUCGCCUUAUCUCUGGACAACAAGAGUUUCCCAACCUCGACGACCAUGCCAGCCUCUGCCACAGCCACCAGCUCUACAGUGGACUCGGCCACCACGCUGGUCCACACUGGUUCCUCAGCCCCGGCCACUAGCUCUACAGUGGACUCGGCCACCACGCUGGUCCACACUGGUUCCUCAGCCCCGGCCACCAGCUCUACGGUGGAGUCAUCCACCACUCUGGUCCACCCUGGUGCCUCUGCCCCAGCCACCAGCUCUACAGUGGAGUCAUCCACCACUCCGGUCCACACUGGUGCCUCUGCCCCAGCCACCAGCUCUACGGUGAACUCUGCCACCACGCUGGUCCACACUGGUGCCUCUGCCCCAGCCACCAGCUCUACAGUGGACUCGGCCACUCCUCCAGUCCACACUGGUGCCUCUGCCCCAGCCACCAGCUCUACAGUGGACUCUGCCACCCCUCCGGUCCACACUGGUGCCUCUGCCCCAGCCACCAGCUCUACAGUGGACUCUGCCACCCCUCCGGUCCACACUGGUGCCUCUGCCCCAGCCACCAGCUCUACGGUGGACUCUGCCACCCCUCCGGUCCACACUGGUGCCUCAGCCCUGGCCACCAGCUCUACAGUGGACUCGGCCACCACUCCCAUUCACACUGGUGCCUCAGCCCCGGCCACCAGCUCUACAGUGGACUCGGCCACCACUCCCGUCCACACUGUUUCAUCCAUCCAAACCACCAAGACUAUAUCAGGCUCAGCUACCACUCCAAUCCACAAUGACUCCUUGGUCCCAACGACCAGCUCUACAUUGGGCUCAGUCACCAGUCCAGCCCACAGUAGUGCCUCCUCUACGACUAAUAGCUCUGAAUCAGACUCGGCCACCACUCCAGUGUACAGUGGCACCUCUGUCUCUACUACCAAGGCUACUUCAGUCCACAUCACCCCAGUCCACAAUGGCUCCUCGGUGCCAACUACCAGCUCUGUGUUGGGUUCACUCACCACUCCAAUCCACAAUAACAUCUCUACAAUGGCUACUACAACUCCAGGUGGCAAUGGUACUCAAUCUUCAGGCCCAAGUCAGCCCCCCGUUACCCUCACCACCCUCGCCACCUCCAGGAACGGCACUAUUACCUAUAGUACUUACUACAGCACGGUACUUUUCCCUACCUCCUCCAGUGAUAGUUCUCCCCAGGUGUCUGUUGGGGUCUCUUUCUUCUUCCUGUCUUUCCACAUUUGGAACCAACAGUUUAAUUCCUCCCUGGAAGAUCCCAGCUCCAGCUACUACCAAGAACUGAAGAGGAACAUUUCUGGAUUGUUUCUGCAGAUUUUUAACCAAGAUUUUCUGGGGAUCUCUACCAUCCAGUUCAGAUCAGGCUCGGUGGCGGUAGAAUCGACUGUGAUUUUCCGGGAGGGUGCUGUCAGUGCCUCUGAGGUGAAGUCGCAGCUUUUACAGCAUGAAAAGGAGGCAGGAGACUAUAAUCUGGCUAUUUCAAAGCUUUCAGUGAAUGAGAUGCAGUUCCCGCCUUCUGCCCAGUCUUGGCCCGGCGUACCAGGCUGGGGUAUUGCCCUGCUGGUGCUGGUCUGUAUCUUGGUUGCUCUGGCCAUUAUCUAUCUCAUUGCACUGGCAGUGUGUCAGUGCCGCCGAAAGAACUAUGGGCAUCUGGACAUCUUUCCCACCCAGGACACCUACCAUCCUAUGAGUGAAUAUCCCACCUACCACACUCAUGGACGCUAUGUACCGCCUGGCAGUACCAAACGUAACCCCUACGAGGAGGUUUCUGCAGGUAAUGGGGGGACCAGCCUAUCUUACAGCAACCCGGCAGUGGCAACCACAUCCGCCAACUUGUAGGGGCAAGUCACCAGCUCAGGGGGCGGCUGUGGCAGCCAUCUGCUCCCCGUUUUCACUGCCAGACCCCCCUGCGCUCUGAUCUGGGCUGGUGAGCCAGAGUUCUGGUGGGCAGCUCACAGCCUUCCUGAGACUCGGUCGAGUGUCUCAACCAUCUCAGUCUGGUGAAGCCCAGCCCUGCCCCGGGGGGAUACCAGCGGUGGGUCUCAGAAGGACUGGCCUAGAAACCCUGGAGAUGGGGACGGAAACCCAAGCAUGGCUGAAUAAAAGGUGGCACCCAGUUA